UUCUAUGGUAACGUUGAUCGAAGGAAGCGUAUCUACUACACCAUUCAUUGUGCGUGAGAGAAGAGACCAAUGGCUACAGCAGUUGCUCCUCCUUUAUCAAGAAAAGGAGCCUCUCCAAAGGCUGCAACAGCAGAUGCAUUCACAGUGAAAGCCUAUACAGGGAAUGCCAAGGUUUCAUCACCUCCCAAAGCUGGAGCCCUGGAGCCCAGGCCGUACAAACCAACUGAUUUUAGAAAGUUUUAUGACAGGGGAGACUUCCCAAUUGCUUUAGAACAUGACACCAAAGGGAACAAGAUAGCCUGGAAGGUGGAGAUAGAGAAGCUUGAUUACCACCAUUACCUACCUCUCUUUUUUGACGGCCUUUGCGAAACGGCUCAUCCUUACGAGUUCUUUGCCCGACAAGGUGUUCAUGAUAUGCUUGAGCAUGGAGGAAAAAAGAUUCUACCAGUCAUUCCACAGCUAAUCAUUCCCAUUAAAAAUGCUCUUAACACAAGGAAUGUCAAGGUCAUCUGUACAACAUUAAAGAUCCUUCAGCAUCUUGUCAUAUCCAGUGAACUAGUUGGCGAAGCACUUGUGCCUUAUUAUCGCCAAAUUCUGCCAAUAUUGAACAUCUACAAGAUGAAAAACUUGAACUCUGGUGAUGGGAUUGACUAUAGUCAGCAGAAGAGAGAGAACAUUGGAGACCUCAUCCAAGAAACUCUUGAAGCAUUUGAAAGGCAUGGAGGAGAGGAUGCAUUUAUAAACAUUAAGUAUAUGAUACCAACCUAUGAAUCUUGCAUUCUGAACUAGUUUUGCAUGGUUUGAUCGCAUAUCUCUCAUUAUUAUUGUUAUUAUUAAAUUAUUGUAAUAAUAAUAGUUUAA